UGGUCACCUCUCCACUUCGUUCCCUUUGACAAGCAAAAUAGAGCUAGCCUGAGUUUGGUCCGCAAGGAAGGAAAAGCGCUGUACAUUAUCUUUACCUGAACUCCGCAAAGAUGUCUGAGGACCGGUCUGAACGCUCAGAUGGAAAGAUUGUCAAGAUGGAGAUCGACUACAGUUCAACUGUAGACCAGCGUCUCCCGGAGUGUGAAAAGAUGGCUAAAGAAGGUAAGCUGCAGGAGGCCAUUGAGAGUUUGUUGUCAUUGGAAAAGCAAACCAGAACGGCAUCAGACAUGGUGUCCACCUCCAGAAUCCUUGUGGCUGUGGUCCAGAUGUGUUAUGAAGCCAAGGACUGGGAUGCCCUGAAUGAAAACAUCAUGUUGCUCACUAAAAGGAGGAGUCAGCUGAAACAGGCUGUUGCCAAGAUGGUGCAAGAAUGUUACAAGUAUGUGGAUACUGUGACUGAUCUGACCAUCAAGCUGAGACUCAUCGACACACUUCGCACCGUGACUGCUGGCAAGAUCUAUGUAGAGAUUGAGCGUGCCAGGCUGACGAAGACCUUGGCCAACAUCAAGGAACAGAGCGGAGAGGUCAAAGAGGCAGCCUCCAUUCUUCAGGAGCUGCAGGUGGAGACUUAUGGGUCCAUGGAGAAAAAGGAGAAGGUGGAGUUUAUCUUGGAACAGAUGAGGCUUUGCAUCGCUGUCAAGGAUUACAUCCGCACUCAGAUCAUCAGCAAGAAGAUCAACACCAAAUUCUUCCAAGAGGAAGGCACUGAGGAGUCGAAGCUGAAGUACUACAACCUGAUGAUUCAGGUAGACCAGCACGAGGGCUCCUACCUGUCUAUCUGCAAACACUACCGGGCCAUCUAUGACACCCCCUGCAUCUUGGAGGACAGCAGCAAGUGGCAACAGGCCCUGAAGAGCGUGGUGCUGUACGUGAUUCUUGCCCCGUACGACAACGAGCAGUCAGACCUCGUGCACAGAAUCAGUGCGGACAAGAAAUUGGAAGAAAUCCCUAAAUACAAGGACCUACUGAAACAAUUCACCACUAUGGAGCUGAUGCGCUGGGCCUCCCUGGUGGAGGAUUAUGGGAAGGAGCUGAGAGAGGGCUCACCUGACAGCCCUGCCACAGACGUCUUCUCUUACUCAGAAGAGGGGGAGAAACGGUGGAAGGACCUGAAGAACAGAGUGGUGGAGCAUAACAUCAGAAUAAUGGCCAAAUAUUACACCAGAAUCACAAUGAAGAGGAUGGCUGGACUCCUCGACCUCUCUAUUGACGAAUCAGAGGAGUUCCUCUCCAGCCUAGUCGUAAACAAGACCAUCUACGCCAAGGUCGACCGGCUGGCCGGCAUCAUCAACUUCCAGAGGCCGAAAGACCCCAACGACCUGCUCAACGACUGGUCGCACAAACUCAACUCUCUCAUGUCUCUGGUCAACAAAACCACACAUCUCAUCGCCAAGGAGGAGAUGAUCCACAACCUGCAGUGAAACAAGAGCGUAGUGGUUUAUUUUAUGUUUUGGUUCAUAUUUGUCUGUUUUUCCUUCUGUUAAAACAUGUUUUUGAAUAUACAGUAUAUCAGCGGACUGUGAAUGCAGCGUUAUUACAAUGUCAUAUUAUUGGAGAUAAAUCUGCAGCACAUGCACAGCAUCCCGACUUUGUUCAUUUUUUUACUAUCCAGUAAAAACCUCAACAAUAAACACAUGAGCACCUCC